AUGCCUAAACUGGCAACCUUGCAUAUUGGGCUACAUCGUGUUCAAUCACGUGUCUCAGAGGGGGAUUUUCUGGUGGAUGUGAAGAUUGUUUCGCAGAACACAUCUUUUGGUCUUUUCAUUGAUGUUGAUGCAACUGAUGAUGGCCGUAGUAGGUGGUGGAGCAGAUUCGUUGUGAUGGUGGACAACAAUAGUCUUCAAUACUUCGUAUUAAGUGCUGCACUUAUGUUAUCCAUUUGUUUUAUAGUACGACUUUUGUUCCAUUUGAACGAAUACAAUCGUUUCAAAAAGGAAAUGGAGGCUUUCCGGGCAAGUUUUGAUCAGCCGGUUAGUGCUGCCUCUGUGUAG